CCGUAGUACAAAGUAGAGCCGAUAUUUGCAUGGAGUUCCUGCCGCUUCUAUCUAGCGGACCGCUCCUGAUGGAGGGCCUGAAGGCCUGAUCCCGGUACUGUCCAGUCGCACUGGAUUUGUUGGCUUCCAGCUGCUCAAGUGACAGGAUGCAGACUCCCCACAGCCGCAAUCCCUGUGGGCCUACCUCAUUUGAACCAACGGCAUCCAGAACAACGCGUUGCGCCCAUUGCACUUCUUAAAACCACUUGCCUGCCGCGACUGUGAGCAUGCCCACAGCCCACGACAACCAGUGUUGGGAAUGAGAUGCGCGACAAUGUUAUACUCUCCACAGGCUUCGUUUAACGCACACAAUGAAGCGAUCGGGGGUCCAGGAUCAAUCCGAAUCUCCAGGAGACUCACGGUCCGGCAAAGCGAAGAGACGAAGAAAUAAUCCAGAUGAGUCUUGCAGAACUUGUCGCCUAAGAAAAGUCAAAUGCAGUGGGAAAACCGAGAACGGCCCCUGUCUGAAUUGCUCGAGACUAAAACUCAACUGCCCAUUCACUCAACACGACAGUGGAUCACAGGAUACCGGAAGAGUUGCCCGAAUCACUCCCAACGGCACAGUGACCGAGGCAGGAACGUUGCGGAAACGUGCCCAGAGAGCGUGCCUGGAAUGCCACGGUCACAAGACGAAGUGUAGCGGUGAUUUACCUAGCUGCACGAGAUGUCAGACGAAUGACCUCAAAUGUGAAUACGUCCCUGCGAAGCGCAAGUUUGCCAAUGUCCCCGGUCACUCCAAUAGCGUCGAUGGCCAGACACCGCCGUCAGCUGUGCCUUUUCCCAAUGGACAACUCUCGCCCGAAGUUUCGUCAGAUGGCAACAUCUCUUCGGACAUCUUUCUGGAUCCUAGUCCAGCACCACAGACUCGGUUGAUCAAGAGAGACGUUAUUCUGAAACACGUGGACGCCUAUUUCGAUUACUUCUUCCAUAUGCCCUGCAUGAAUUUUCUGCAUCCAGUCACAGUGUAUCGUUGGGUCGAAGAAGAUAACUUUCCGCCUCACCUUGCAGCAGCCAUCUGUUCGAUUAGCUCUUCCUUGGUCUCAACUGUCUCUCCGGGCCGAGCUCUUGCCGCCCGCUGGAACGAACAGGUCGAGUACUACGUUUUCCAGAACCUUGUCCACCUGGAACCGGAACUGCUCUUAUAUCACGUUCUAGUGACCGUCUACAACUGGAUGUAUGGACCCUGGAGCAAAGUCUGGAUGUAUGUUAGUACCGCCGCCAGGCUGAUACGCUGCUUGCAGCUCAACUACGAUCCCGACAUCAAGGCAAACCAGGUGAAUUUUAGCCAACAAGAAAUCCAAAGACGCAGUGUCUGGCAGAUUUAUCUCAUCGAUCAUUUCCUCUCCGGCGGGUUCGAUGAACACCUCCUUUUACCUUCCAACUCGAUGCAUGUACGACUGCCGUGCAGCGACCAGGUUUUCAAAGAUGGACUUCCUUCCAUGAUGGAGACACUCGUAAAGAAUCCCGCCAUUCAAUCCAAUCCCAACGACUACAGUCUCGACGCAUAUCAUGUGAAAAUAUUGACCAUACGCAGGGAGGUUCUCAGUCUUUCCAAGCGAUUCACAAGUGCUUCGCCCACCGAGGGAGAACCCUUGAGGGCUGAGCAGGUAAUGGACAUUGUGAAUCGGUAUCAGAUUACUUUGAACAGGUUCAACGAGACGCUUCCAGACCGGUUGAAACUUACGGAAGUCAACGUCUAUGCACAUUUGGAUCGACCAGAUCGGCCGAGUUAUGUCAUGUUGCAUACAUGGAUUUGCCAAACAGUGAUGGACCUCUACAGAUUUUCAUUGCCGAAUGCCAAAGGAUCAACAUACAAAGACCACUUGGCUCGCAUACCUCAAGAGUUCCUUCUCCGAUCGCAGCAACAAGCUGUGGCACAUGCAGUUAGUCUGGCCCAAUUUUGGACUUAUUCUUUGGAGAUGAUACAGAACAAUGCUUCCACUGUGAGCAAGGGUGUCGUCACUGUCGACUGGAUGGUAGGCGCCUGCGCGGUCGAGGUGACGACAAUCCUUUUAACCGCCAGGAAAUACGAGCUGUACCGGGGCCUGAGAGAUGGCUCGAGUGCUCAGCUCUGUCGGUCCCGAGACGUCGACGAUGACAUGCUCGAGACUCUUAUCGCCAAAGUCAUUCUUAUUCUCGAGACUCUUAAGCCCUUGCUUCCGAGAAUUGAGUCAUACUUGGAACAGGCCAUGAGCAAAAUCAGGCAAUUCGAGGACGAAAGAUCCCGUAGUGCAAGCCGAAGCCCACUCAUCCGCGGACUGAUAGAUUCGGAACUCGCUACGGGUUCUAAUUUGCCUGGGCCGGAUAACAUCAUCAUAAGAGACGACGCAGGAAGCAAGACAUAUCCCACUUCCAUGUCGGAAAGGUUCCUCCGGAAAAAGAGCGAGUCUUUCGUCAGCAAGACCCACGUCCCCACGGCUGCUCAGAUGGCGGUAGCCGCCACCUACGCCGUGGACCUGCCAACCAUUCCAUUCUGUUUAGAACAGGCCCGAGGGGUUCCGUCCUCGCAUCCUAACUCGAGCCAGCCUCAGGUGUACCAUGAUUUUGGGAACCUUCCGAUGCAAAACUCCGUCGUCAGCCCGAUUUUGAUGGCAGAUGCGUCUGACAGGGAAGGGAUGGCGACCGCUUCCGCCCAGAUGAUGUUGCCCUUGCAUCAUGGCCCGGACUCCCGAGAGAACAAUGAUUACCCCAUGCAUGGACCCAGUGCGAUAAUGGCCCAAGAUGACAGGACAUUUAACCCGUACGCUCCUCCUGUUGUGUUUCAGAACGGGGAAUCGCAGUAUCUAUGGACGCAGGAUGGGCAGCGGAAUGACCACGUCUGACGUUCGAAUGGGUCCUUAAUCGACAUGUAGCGAACCAAGAUUUUGAUGCGUUUUGCCACUGCUGAGUGCUUGCCAUUAGAGAGGUGCAGAGAGGCACUUGGAUCUGGGCAUCGAGUCGUCGCCUUCUUUCUUCCACUGAGCCUCGUUGCCUCUACGUUUGUCUCAGCUUCAAUGGAGUUCACAUCAAUACCCGAGCUUGAUACCAUCGCCACUAGCAAUACGAGGGGUUCACAUAGGCUUUCCCUCAUAGCAGAGCUUUCCAGCCUAAACAAGCUGGUGCUCCCUUUUGCUUCGGCAGCUUAUUGAGAGUACUCGA